UUCGGUAAAAAUAAUUCACAAAUGAUUUUUUUUCUCACCAAAACAUUAUCAAACAUAUGAAAAAAGUAAUGAAUUAGUUAGCCAAGGUUAUUAGCUACCGUUUGUCGUUUUUUUUUGUUUCUACGACGCAUACAACCUUUGAUAUCAAAAAAAGUAAAAAAAAUAUUAAAAUGGCCAUAAUUUUUAGGGGGAGGGGAUUCGACCACUUCGACCCCUGACUUUUGUCGAUAGAAUUAGAUGUAGUACUCAGCCUUAACGGGUUAGAAGUCUCACCCCUAUCACAUUGUAUACAUAGAUAAUGUAGCAGGCUAUAUUCUCGCCCGGCAUUGGUGGAGAUUAUUCUUAAAACCAAUGACAUGGCGGACCGCGAUCGAGCUCACUACGAAUAUUUUGAAUUGACAAUUACAGAAUAGCCUAGCUGGACCUUUAUUUAAGGACAACCAUGCGACGGGCCCAUGGGCAUUAGUGUGGCGUUGUCCCCCGCGACUACUACUGUGACCAUGUCCAAGUCCAUGAUCACUAAUGCAUCAUUCCGUACGAAGAAGUUACCAGAUGACAUUCCUAUUCAAGCUGGACAAGCCGUAGCAACUGAUUCAGCUGAUAUGCUGACUGCAAUCACCGAGGAAUGUGAAGCUGAAGCUGCUCCAAUACAGCGUGGCGGUGCAGUCCGGAGUUCCAAACCGAAACUAAGUUCAUUUCCUGUACUUGGUAAAAAGACAAAGGAUAGCAAAGAUAAGAGCUCGAAUUCAGGCGAGAAAAAAGUUACACUUAAAGAGUCUUCCAAAGGUAUUUGGAAUUCUCUGAGCGGUGGCGGCGGCGGUGAUAUGGUAGAUGCACAACAGAAGUCUGUUACUGACGGUUCAGUCGAAGCGAAUGGCAGCAUGAAAGAUGAGAAGAUGUCCAUGACGUCAAUGCAUAACAGCACUGAAAAUUCUGACACACGGUCGCAAGUCACUUCCGACUCGCUGGAUAUUGAGACGACUCCACGCUUUGCGGCAAUGCAAGUCAGUUCAGUAUAACUUUGUGGAGUUUAUGGUGUCUGGUUGUUAGAGAGUUAAUUUGGUGAUAUGAUAGAAUAUGUUUCCAGGUGAUAGCAAAUUCUGUGUACCCUUAAAAAUAUUUUAAGGUCAUGUUGGAAGUGGUUAUUUGUUAUUGGUUAAAGUUUGCUUAUGUUAAAUGAAAAGAUAAUGGAAAGGUAUUGUUGGAAGGAUAUUUAUUUAUAGACUCUGUUGUGCAAAUUGUUUGUUACAAACUCGUCACUUAAUUAUAUUAUGUACCUUACAUAAAUUGUUCCGAAUAAAAUUCUUAUUUAAUGAUGAAA